AAAUAAGGACAAAAUUCCAACUUAUUUAAAGCAACGUCGAAAGGUAAUUAAAACUUGCGUGAUAAAACAUAUCUGUUCAGUUACUACAUCUAUGCACAUGCAAAAAAGAAUGAAAUAUAAUGUUCAUUUAAUAAUAAGAACGAGAAGAUUAUUGAAAUUAUCCUGUCUUACAAGAAGGAAAAAUUGAAAUAAAUUGAUGUUUAAAUUAAUAAUCAUUAAUCACCGAAUGGGUAUUGUUACAUAUGUAGGUCAGCUUGAAAGUAAAUUUCAACUGUCUACUUUCAUAUUAGACAAAGAAUACCAAAAAAAGUGAAAUAUGGUACUUUUAAAAAUACGACUUCGAGCGUUUAUAAUGGUUUUGUUAGUAAAAAGUUUAACUUGCGAAUUUGAUGAACAAAUUAUCUUGAACUUCAUUGAAAGAAAAGAAAUAACGCAAGUGGCAUUUUUUACUUGUGAUACUGAAAAGGGUGACUUAACUAUUCUAAAGAAUUUCUUGAACAACGUGAUAAUCUUUUUCAUUUUAGAUAACGUUAAUUUGAUUAGAAAAUUUGUUUAUGAAAAGUCGGUAACAUUGCAAACAGCAAUUUUUAAUUUGGAAAAUCUUAAUAAUGUAACAGUAAAUUCCAUUUUAUUCUUUAGAGAACGACAAAUGGCUAUGAUAUUUGAAAGUGACUGCAAAAAUGUUAAAGACAUCUUACAGGAAGUAAGGCUUAAACGAAAUACGCCAGGAGAAUAAUGUUUUCGUUUUCAGUUUGGCGAUAAAAGAUUUUUUUAUGAAACAUUCCGAUGGUUAAUUUUUUCUAAACACCUUAAUUCUAUUAUACUGACAUUGCAAAAUGUAAACAUUAAUAUAAACACAGACAUAGAAAUUGUAGUAAAAAACGUAUCAUUAAUUACUUGGACAGUUUUUGAAUGUUACAAUCCAGCGUUUCGUCACAAUGGUAUUCUACGUCUUCAAAAAAUUGGCCACUGGCAUAACAAAACUUCUAACAAAAUAAAGUAUAAGUACGGAAAAUUUCAUAGAAGACGAAAUAUGUCGGAAGUAAAAUUUAAAACAGCGCUAGUGAUCACAUUAAAUGGUACCGUUGAUGUUGAUAAAUAUGCACUUGAUGAAACCAGUCGUCAAAACAAUACUCACAGUAGAUACCACAGUGUCGCAAUGAGAAUCUGCAGGGAUUACUAUAAUUUUUCGUAUGAUGUUUGGAAUAUUACCCUUUUAGCAAUAAUUCACUCCAAUUUAUCUACUUUUAGAAUCGAAUUGAUGGGCACAAACUCAUGGGGUUACGAAAAGUCUAAUGGCACAUUUGAUGGAUUAGUAGAAAUAUUGCGUACGAAUAAAGCGGAUUUUGGUUCCGCUCCUUUGUUCAUUUUUAGAGCUAGAGUACACAUUCUUAGUUUAGGUUACGGAACAUGGACAUUUGAUACCAAAUUUAUAUUUCGCCAUCCAAAAAACACAGCCUCAUCAAAAGAAAUAUACCUCAGACCGUUCACAAGUAGCGUCUGGUUUAGUUUAAUAUUUUUACUUGUCCUUUUCGUUUUUAUUUUCCGAUGCGCUGUACCGUAUGAAACUAACACAGAUAUGUUUAAAAAUCACAAUACUUUCAGUUGCAUAAUUCUGAAUAUAAUUGGAAUUUUAUGCCAACAAGGUUCUUUGUAUUCCUCACGCCUCUGUAGUAUCAGAAUAAGUAUAUUUGUAGCGUUGCUCUUUUCGUUUCUAGUCUACCAGUUUUAUUCAGGCAUUAUUGUAUCUUAUUUGUUAAUGGACCCUCCGAGAACCAUAACAAAAGUGGCAGACUUAGUUAAAAGCACUUUUGCGGCUGGAUGCGAAGACACACUUUUUGAAAGGAAUCUUUUAAAGCUGUCUACGGAUCCACUGGUACGCGAAUUAAGAGAUACGAAAAUAAGGGACAAUUUUUAUACUGCACAAAUGGGAUUUGAGAAAGUCCGUAAAGAAAAAUUUGCUUUCCACACCAUGAGCAGCGCUGCUAACAGGAUUAUUAGGGCUACGUUUAGUCCUAAGGAAAUUUGCGACUUGCAGGAAAUACGAAUGUACACUGUUCAACCGCUAUAUUCGGCCUAUCCGAAGAGAUCACCUUUUAGAAAACUACUAAACUACUGUCUAGUGCAUCAGGCUGAAGUGGGAAUCUUGGACAAACUGAAGAGGUUUUGGAAUUCUCCGAAACCUCAAUGCGUUAAAACGUUAAGCGAUACAGAAAUUGAAGUAGGGAUUGAAGAAUUUUAUUGGGCUCUGAUGGUUUUGUUAGUAGGAACUAUAAGCAGUAUUGCUAUAUUUUGUAGUGAAUUUCUUAUCAUCAGGAAAGGAUUUAAAGAAGCGUCUUUAAAUAAGAAGGAGAGAAAGCCAAAAAUAAACAGAAAAAAUAAAAAACAUUGCAAUGUAAAACGUAAAACUAUCAGUUGCAAUUUACCAUAAAUAUUCACAAAACAUGUCUAUCUUGCAUUUAAUAGAGAAAUUAAUAUAGUAGAUGUAUAGAAAUAAUUAUGCCCGUUAACUUAAUUUACAUUAAAGUGUAAAUUCAAUAUACCAUGUAUAGCACCUAAACUUUUUAUUCUGAAAGAAUUUAGGUUGCGUUGGCUUACAAGUAAAAAGUAUUAUUUUAUUAAAUUAAUGGAAGAAAAAAUUCGACCUCAAGAAAAAUUUAAUAAAAGACCAUCUAAUA